UAUAAAAGCUAGCGCUGUCGAGACAUUCUUAUUUGUGGAAUUAUGGAGGCGAAGAUGAGGUGCCACGCACAGAUCGUUGCGUGACUACAGCAUCGUGACCUGAACGACGAUGAAUGAUACCUUUCUUCUUGACCGUUGACCUAUUUUCUACGAAAUGAAGUAGCCCGAUAAAAUGGUAAUAUUGGACAAAACUCUCGCUUGACUGAAACCGCCGAAACAUUUGAUUACUGAAGUGUUCUGGAAUUACGCAAUCCAGCAACAUAAGAAUGACUGAAGAUAUAAAACAAUUGUCAUUCGGCUGGCUGAGAUUUCGUCCAUCAUGGCUACAGUUCCUCAACACUCCAAAAUGGUUCUUGUUCUUCUUGAGUCAGUAUUUCUUCACUCAGAGUAUCGUUGUUAAUGGAGUAUAUCCAGGUUCCAUCAGCACUAUAGAGAAGCGGUUUGGUUUCUCCAGUUACAUGAUGGGAAUGGUGACCAGCAGUUACGACGUAGCAGCCAUGAUCUUAACUCCGCUGAUAAGCUACAUCGGAGGCUCACGAAAGAAGCCAGUGUUCUGUUCUUGGGGUGUGUGCACAAUGGGUGUUGGUUUCUUUAUUUUCAUCCUGCCUCACUUUGUCUCGCCACCUUACGAAGCAGUUGUCAUGAGCAUGAUAACUCGAUGAUGCACAGCUAAAAGCAUGAAUCCGAAAGAAACCACCGGCGGUAAUACUCUUUACUACGCGCUGUUCAUUCUGGGAAUGGUUGUAGCAGGCGCCGGUUGCACUCCUAUGAUCGCUUUGGGCGUUCCAUAUAUGGACGAAAACGUCAGCGCCAAAGUGUCGCCUAUGUAUGUGGGUAUAUUUUUGGCCUGUGGAAUUGCUGGUGCCGCUGUUGGAUUCGUAUUGCUCUCAAGCUUUCUGUCAAUGUUUGUGGAACUUGGUGUCCAGACCUCGUUAACAAUGCAGGAUACACGGUGGGUGGGGAACUGGUGGUUAGGGUUUGCCAUAUUUGGUGCGAUCUGCGUGUUUUGGAGCAUUUGGCUGUUAGGAUUCCCGAAGGAGUUUCCGCCGACCAAGAAACAGCGCGAAAUCGAACUCGGCGAGACACUCGGCGAAGAUAAACUUUCAGCCAGAGUGAUCAAAAAAGACGAAGUAGCAGAGAAAAGAAGAGAAAAAGCAAGCUACACCAAGUUGAAAGAUCUUCCCAAAGCAACAAAGCUGGUGUUUUCACGCCUUCCUUUCGUAUUCAUCACACUUGGUGUCUGCUUGGAGAAUUUUUUUUUCACAGCUGCAACAGCGUUCUUGCCAAAAAUCAUGCAAACGCAGUUUUAUCUGCCACCUGGCAAAGCAGCUCUUUUGUUUGGCGUGAUAGCUGUACCUUGUGGAUUCUUAGGCAACUUGAUAGGGGCAUAUAUCAACAAACGCCUAAAACUAAACCUGACUAAUUCCGCCAGGAUGUGUUUUAUUGUUGCUCUAUUUGGACUUAUGGGUGCGUGCGUCCUGUACAUCAAAUGUGACACUCCAAAUAUUGCUGGUGUGAACAGACCAUAUCUGAACAGCUCGGGUCCAGUCCAGCUCUCUUCACCAUGUAACCAGGCCUGUAACUGUACUGGAGUAAGUUAUGUUCCUGUGUGCGGUGGACCGCUGACCUAUUUUUCGCCCUGUCAUGCUGGCUGUAGUGAGGGGAACGAAACGAACAAGGGCUCCUUUUCUUACUCCAACUGCGCCUGCGUCACUGAAACGGGAAAAACAUCAAGAGAAGCGAAGAAAGGCACAUGCGCUGUUGACUGCGGGCUCAACUUCGCACUCUUUUUGACCAUUCUUGCUUUACUUCCGUUUUUGACGUUUCUAAAUGACACUCCAGCGACCAUAGUGACCCUACGGAGUGUCCCACCCAGUCAACGGUCCUAUGCGUUAGGAAUCCAGAUGGAUCUUGUCAGGAUUCUGGGGGCCAUUCCAGGGCCUAUCGCGUUUGGCGCCUUACUGGACAAGACAUGCAUACUUUGGAACACAAAGUGCGGUAGAAAAGGUCAUUGUCUGGAGUACGACCAUGAUGGACUGGCACAAGUGGUGGUGGGAGUUUUUGCCUCAUGUAAAUUCAUCACCAUGGUAUGUUUCUUUCUGUCGUGGUUCUUUUGCCGUCGACGUCAAGCCAAAGAAAAGAUGAAAGAUGUUAACAACAAAAAAGAAGGAGAAGAAGAAGAAGAAUCUAGAGAAGCCCUCUCUGAAGCUAGUGGGAAAAUAUUCAUCUAUAACCAGGAGACAGCGAUGUGAAUAAAAAAAAGCCAAAAAACAAAACCCCGUGCCUUUAAGUUAGGAAAUGAAAUAUGACCGCACCGCGUCACCCACCAAAUAAUUUGAGCUC